AGGUUAUGACGUUUGUCUGCACAUUCUUGCGUGCUAAAAUUAUAAUAAUAAAUAAAAAUGAUUAGAAGUAGUUUACGUAGAUUAACCCCCCUAAUAGCGGGCGUAAUGCCUAUUACAGACCACGAUAUACUCCCAGACACAAAAACAACGGCAGAAAUGAUCAAAAAGAAAUUGGAAUCUGAAACACCGAAGGAUAGGUUAUAUAAAAUGUUUUCAAUGGACGAAUUUGGAAUAAUCAGCCCAGAAUUAACGUCUAUAGUGCAAGCUACGAGUUUUGGAGCACUUACAGGUGCCGUUUAUGGGGGCUUCAUUAAAUCCAAAAUGGCUUAUGAAGAUUUCAUGUCCAAUAACCAAGCUACAUCAUUCACGAGUAUGCAAGAGGCUAAACAGAAAUUGCAAAACCAAGUCACUAUCGGUUUUGGAAAAGGUGCAUUUAUGUGGGGCUGGCGAUUAGCAUUAUUCACGUGUUCUUACAUCACAAUAACUACGGUCAUAUCAGUUUAUAGAGAUAGAUCUUCUAUAUGGGAAUAUUUGGCAGCAGGCUCGUUAACAGGGGCUUUAUACAAAUUCAGAAUGGGCCCUAAGGGCAUGAUAGUUGGCGGUGGUUUAGGUUUGGUUUUGGGAGGUAUUGCUGGUACUAUUUCACUGACAGUAUUGUAUCUUACGGGUACCACAGUGCAAGAAUUGAGGCAUUGGUCUUAUCAAUUAGAAGAAACGCGUAAUAAUGCUAAAAGACAGAUGCAAUCUGGUCCAAGAACAGAAGAUCCUCUUCUAGAAGAACAUAUAAAACUAUUAGAACUCAAAAAGCAACAGCAAGCAGAAAAUACCAGCUAAUAGUGAAGUUAUAUAAAUCGAGAUUAAUAUAUAAUAUAAUAAAUUUGUGUACAUAUAAGGUUAAUUUUAUUAUUAU